UCACCGGGAGUGGUAUACUCGGUCCCCCAUACAACAUCGUUCCGAACAUCUGACGGCCUGAAAAAAUUACGUAAAUAUUACAACAUUCAUACAUCGAUUAUGAAAUGUAUGUAAUCGCAGUUAACAAGCCCUAACGUUGAUGUCCUGAUUCCAUUUUUUUUUAAUUCAGUGUUUUGUGUUCGCGGUUUAUUUUAGUGCGUCUUGUUUGACCCUGGUGAAUUUAUUUUAUAUAAUUUCCUAACCCUGUUUCUUAGUGCUCGGACCGUCUGUGGUUUUGUUGUGUAUUAUUUGCCCCAGAUUGGAUUGUUACUGGUGCUGUUGAUGUGACAGCGGGCGGUAUGAUCGCCACGUGAUCGACCGUGCUCAAGUUACUUUGUGCCAAAAAUGGAAUAUUCGUGUAGUCGAGGGACAAUCUAGAGGCAUUAAUAUUUUCCAUGACGAACUAUUUAAUUGUAAAAGUAUCAAUGAUACGGUGAAAUUAGAAGAAUACAAUGGGGCGGCGACGUUGGAGAUUUGCGACAAUCGCUGCUUUCCUACUCUUCGUAGCAAGAGACACGCAGUGCCAAGACGAAAACGGCUUUUAUUACACACCAGAAAGAAAUUUUGCUCAAGUUCAACCGCCUAUAUUUCCUAAUAGCCGGCCUACAUCUUUCUUCGAGCACGGAGAUAAUUACAGAGCAGCUCCCACUGCCCAGCAGCCGCUUUAUAAUGAUGGGCGUGUGAGAUUCCCUAGUCCUAACUACAACCAGAAUCCUUCCCCAUUCCAACUACCCACAGGAAGAAGUCAAGCUGGUUCUCAGUAUUAUAUUAAUCAACCCGAAUUUACAACGUCACAGCGACAAAGAUUUAGGCCUGCUGUACCUUAUAAUUUUCAAAUACCUCAUCCUGCUUCAACAAAAAGGCCCGAUGUCUCUCAAAUACACUCUGCUGCUUAUCAAAAUGACCCAUCAAAACCAGAAACAUUUUUGGGUCAAAUUACCAUAAACAACCCUGAUAUAGACUACCUACAAAACAGUGGAUUUAAAAAUAUACCGUUUGAUACCAACAGCCUCAAAAGUAAUGGACAAAGUGGUCACAUUGCACAUGAUGAUGAAUUUGAUAAUGAUGACCAGGACAUAUUUGAUCGACACAAAGUUACCACAUAUAAUCCUACAAAACUUGCUGGUAAACAAAAAAUAAAUAAUAAACCUACUAACUCAAGGUUUUCCCACUUUGAUCCUCCAUCAGCAAAUGUUAAGAAAGUUCUUCAAAAUGUGCCAGCUAGCAACUAUAAGGUGAACAAAAAUUUUCCCCCUUCGUUUAAUAUGCCUGACUUCAAUAGAGGUUCUUCUACUGAAUAUAAACCACUUUUAGAUUUAGAACCACUUCUUGAAGAUGAUAUAAGUGACUUAAGUUCGUUUAGAGAAUUAAUGAAAAACAGUCAAGAGUCUUUUGAUGUACAGGUAAUCAAGUCUAAUAAUAGUGUAGAUUCUGAUGAUAGUAAGCCGGAUGCAAGUUCAAUGAAUACUGAUAACAUAGCCAACGAUUCAGCACUUAUGACACUAUCUGUGGAAACGUCUACGCAAUUAAAAUCAUCUACCUCAACAACAACUGAAAAAUUAAUUGAACACGCUGACGACAUCCAUGAAGAAAAUCUGAAUGGAGAAGGAGAAGAAGAUGGAGAAUAUGUUGAAUAUUAUGAUGAUGAAGACAAGACUGAAGUUAAACACACUACUACUGCUAAACCUGUUAAUACUUUUGUGGAGCCAGUCACAGAUAUCUAUGAUGAAUAUGAUGCUACUGAGGAACCCGAAGAAACAACUAUAUUACCAAUCAAAGUAAAUACUAACAACUCGUUUGAAGUUUUAGCAAUGGAUGCUAAUAAUACUUUGGUGAAAGACGAUAACUUUAAACAGUUUAUUGAUACCGAUGUAAUAGAUAGCCCUGAAUUGGGAACAGAUAACGAUACGACUGCACCUAGUUUGACAUUUACGUUUUCUAAAGAAGAUCCUUCACUAGAAGUACCUUCAAUACUCGGUGAAGAAGUAGUUUCUGUUGUAACUACUAAAAGUGUUGUAAAUGGAACAAUUUCUAUACCCGACGUAACUUACCCACCAACGCCUAAGAGCGCUGUAACCUCUGCUUCAAGUAACGAUACAAACGACCCUUCCCUAGUAACAACAGAAAGUUGGAUUGUAGUAGCGUCUGUACAAACAAGUCGUAGCGUUUCUGGCGCCCGAUUUUUACCAUUCCCAACCGUAGAGCAAGAAGAGAAGAAACAAGUGUUGGCGGAAGAAGAUGAAGAAAAUGUAACUCUUAACCCAAAGCAAGAUUCAAGUAGCGUUAUUAAUAGUUCAUCUUCCACUGAAAAUAUAAAUGAUAAAUUAGACAGCAUUCAAUCAGAGCUAUCCAGUGCAGUAUUGUCAGGAAACAUAAAUAAGGAAAAUAAAAAUAUAGAAUUAAUAACUGAAUCAACAACAGAAUUAACCACUUCAUCAACUAGCACGACAACUACAACGUCAACUACACCUUCAGCAGUAAACGUGUUUACUUUGAAAAGCACGCUAUUUUCGGUGGCUACAGAAAGGUCUUCUCCAGAUCCAUUACCAGUUCAGAUAAAGAAAUUUACUCCACGAAUAAUGACUUCUACUACACCUAAACCAAAGAAAAAGUUAGUAACUGUAAUGGAUGAUUUAUCAGGUUUGCUACCACCGAACUACAAACCAAGGCAAUCUUUCAAAGACAAACGCACUAGUACCACAACGACAACUACGACCACCACAACAACAACUACAGCACCAGCUCCAAAACCUCACACAGGGAUAGGAAUAAUUAAUAUGACACAAGGACGAUCCUCCGGGAUAAGUUCCAAAAACAAAGUCAUUAUUUUGGACGACAAAUCCUUACUCCCUAAAGAGUAUAAGCCAAAGCAAAGAACGCAGGAAGACUUAUUCAAGAAAGUUCAAAAUGAUGACCUAAGUAAAUUAUUACCACCUGGCUACAGACCUGAUAAUAACAAUUCACAUGAUAAUACGAAGCAAGACGUAUUAAAAACCGUACAAAAGAUCGAUGUUUCAACCUUUUUACCAAAAGGAUUUAAGUUAGAUGCCCCUUCUACAACUACAACAGAAAAAAGUAAGAUUAUUCCGAAGUUGCCAAUUAAUAUUGUGCCGGUAGCGGAUAUUACUGCGUUAUUACCACCAGGAUUCAAUCUUAAUUCUAGUGAAGUUGAAGAGAUUCCAUUAAGUAAAAUCAAAAUAAGUGACAUAUCUAGUUUCUUACCACCAGGGUUUAAUCCAAGCACUCCAGAAGAAACAACAACAUCAAGUACUACUACUGCUUCGUCUGGAAGCUUUAAAGUAGUUUUCCCAUCAAGACCAGGGGGCAAAGCAAGCAGAAAAAGUACAACGCAAAAAUCAAGUAUUGGUCCACCUCCAGUAACCCCAAAGAUUCAAAAAGGCUGGCCAACUAGAGCUUCUACUGAAUUCACCGGCUGGCCAUCGCCAUCUACGACUCCUUUCUCGAUAGAACGACUUCUAGAACAACAACGUAACGCUACUUCUACUACUCCACUAACAGAAAUAAGCACCGAACCAACGACUCGCCGAUACAUAACCACGACUACAACGACGCCAGCUCCUCCAGAACCUACAACUCCCGGAAUAUGUCGUCAUGAAUGUGAUAUAGCAGCAACUAUCAAGAUUGUUGCAGGAGUUAAUUGGGUCCCAGAAUUUUUAGAUCAUCAUACUAAAGAAUGGCAAAAGUUAGCAAGGGAGGUGAAACAUGAGCUCAAUUCCGUCUAUUCAAAAUCUGAUCUACUAAGCAAAUGGUUCAAAGGUGUUCGCAUAGAUGGAUUCAGUCAAGGCUCUGUGCUCGUCGAUUAUUUCAUAGAACUAAAUAAUGUGGAGGACAAACUUGAUACAUUACAACUUAAAAAAAUCUUCCAUAAAACUCUUAAUGAUGCAAAAGCUGGCUCUGUGAUGGAGCAAGAAGAACAAGAAGAAACUGACAAAUUUGAUCCUGAUGUAAUGUUAGGUGACCAACCAGACGAAGAGAGAAUGAAAAAGAGUAACGAAAAAAUGACAAAAAAUAUUGACAAAUCCGCAGGAAAACUAGAAAUGGGAAAAUUUGUGAUGGAUCCUGCAUACACUGAAUUUAUUGUUUUGCCAAAGCACGAAGAGCCUACAAUAACUGAACCUGAAGAAGAAUCUCUAUUACCGCAGUGGGGUAUUGCGGUUAUUGUCAUAGCGCUGGCGUCACUACUAUUCGUCGUAAUUUUCGGUGUUACAGUGCUUGUUAAUCGCCAGAAAAGUACAAAGACAAAACAGCCUAUUCCGUUGAGUGAGGACAUGCUCCGAGAAUUGGAUAAGAGUCACAUGGGCGGCUUCGAUGAUAUGCAUCAACUCAAAGAACGCGAUCUACCAUAUUUACCUUCGGGAAAACGCAUGUCAACAGCUUUCAUAGAGCAGCUAGCGUAUCCUAACCCAGGUGAUUCAUGGCGAUCAGAAUGGACUCCACAGCUCCAGAAAUAUAUGUCACAUUAUACACCUGACUCUGGUCGAGGAUCACAAAUUUAUGGCACAACAGGCAACGGGUAUGGAGGAUCGCAGCUUUAUGGACAAACAGGCGCAGGAUCACAAGUGUAUGGUUAUACAGCGGAGCUCCCACGCUCCCAUUACUCACGUCGCCGUUCUGACUAUGACAGCAAUUUCUAGGAUUAUCUCAACAUAAAAAUUUAAAUUAACCCCUUGACAAUAUCAUCUUUAAACCUCGAGUUUAGAAAUAGUAAUUAGGUUCAAUCUUAUCUUGUAGAAAUUCAUUAACAACGCUGGGCAUAAAAACCAUUUUAAAACGGAAUUCCCUAAUGCUGAAGGUCCAGUUUACAUCGUUAACAGGUUGUGAAAUAGGUAUGCUUUCAUUAUUAAAUAAUUGGUCACCAAAAUAUGACGAUUUUAUAAGAAUUACCUGACAUUUUAGAGUUACAAAUUAGGCGCUUUUAGUACGGCCUAUUUCAAGAAAUAACUAGUGCCAAAAAAAAAAUCUGAUUAGCUUUGGAUAUUGUACGAAUAAUAUCUUAAAAUAGGUUUAACAAAUUAGAUGGGCCUACAAUUUUUAUUGAUAAUAAUAUAAAAACAAUGUUUAUUAUUACAAAUUUAUAGUAAUUGUUUCAAAAUUAAGUCCGUUAUUAAGGUAUUCUGCCAAAAUAGAAACUUUGACUGAAUGUGAGAUGUAAAUAGAUAGAUUAAGAGCUCACCGUUAUAUUAAGUCGGAAUUAGGUGAGUCUAUACAGAAUUUCGUAGAUAUCGAUGCAUACCUAAAUUUGUUCAGAACUCGUAAAAACGGCGAUGUUAGCAAGAAAGUGCCAAAUGUCCAAUUGAUAAUAUAUAACAAACACUGAAUGGCGAGUUUGUUGAUAAUGUAAAUAUAGGGAAAAUCAUUAUAAAUUUUCUUCAAUAUGGUGCAGUUUUAGUGUGACAAUUAGAGAACAUAUGAACAACACAUGAACUAUAUAAUAAGGAACGUGAAAGUUUCUGAACGUAGAUAUAUGAAAUAAAUUAAGAAUUAUGACACUGCAUUGUCAUAUUGUACGCUAGAUUGUGAGAAACCUAAGGAAGUAAAUGAGAAAGACAGAAAUCACUACUUUAAUAAUUCCCUUUAACCUAUUGGCCUAUCAUUUACGAUAGCAACUAUUUCGCGAUUACUUUGUUACUAGGUGGCUUACUGCCAUUAUCGUGCUACCUAGUAAUUAAUAAACGAUAUACAUAAAUCGUAAAGCUUUAAUUUAAUAUUUACAAAAUGGACUGCGUACGUACACCACUGAAACGAAUGAAUUAAGAGACUCCCACGUCAAAGUAACUGUAAAAUACUUUUUAACAUACAAUCCUGUUCUGCUACAUAUAGGUAUUUAUAAUGUAGGCGCUGGCAUUAAAAUGUGAAUUUUAGUGAAGUGCUCAUGAAGAAUACCUUCUUCAUGAGUAACAUUAAGAAAUAUUAUCAGGAUUUAUGAAGAACAUUAAAUUUUCAUUC